UACUUUGCACGUGUGUUAAAAUGGCUACCGGUGGGAAAGAGCUGAGUCAGAUGUCAUGCGAAGAUUUUGGGGAAUUCAAGGAAGCAUUGAAGGUUCUUAGACUUGUUGAUGAUACAAUCAUUUACAAGUUAAACACAAGUAUUCCAACAGAUUCCUUUGUUGGAGAAAUCAAUGCUGAACAAAAAUGUCAAGAACUUUAUAAUAAGUUGAUGUCAGGUUACAAGACAAGAGAUCAGGCCAUAAAGAAAUGCAUCACAGAAGUUUCUGAAAACACCAAACAACUUAGAGAAGAAACAGAAAAGAACCCUGAGAAUGGUCAAAUUAUGAGAAAUCUUAAAAAAGAACAAACAAAGCUUAGGUUAAUGCAAACUGAACUUAGUGUUGAAGAGGUUUUACAAAAUAGGACCCUUAAGGCUUUUAAUGGACGAUGCUGGAAGUAUUUCAAACCACAAUGAUGUCUGCAACAUACAAUUACAAUUAAUUCAGUUGAUUUUAACUUGUAUCUUAUCCCAUGUAUGUAUUGAUUUGAUGGGUGUUUCUGUUACUCAGUGAGACUGCAGUUUAGGUAGAGGGGCCAGUGAAGGUUAUUGACUUUGUUGGACUACACAGACAGCAAAGCACCACAGUUGUCUAUCUUUUUUCUUCAUACUUCUUGAUCAAACAACAGAGCCUGUAAAUAUUUCUUUUUCCAUUUUCCUGUGUUUUUGUGGCAGUUUUUCCUUUGGUUAUUAGCGAUGGUUGUCUGUUGAAUUCUAAACUAGGAUCACAGUUGAUGCAUUCAAACCAUACUGUCCUUUCCAGCAAAGCACUUGUACCAAAUGCAUUUAAAUAAUGAUGAAACAAACCUCCACAAUUAACUGUUUUGCUGUUUAUGGUAGUCUUGGGUGUUUCAUUACUCAAGUCAUUGACUUAUGUUCAAGGUGACUUAUUAGAUCACUAGCUUACUUCACACAUAUGGGAUUUAAAAUAUUAUGAAGUUAGUUAUUUAUCACAGUGAUGAGGUAGAAGCAUUGUGUAAUUCUGGGCCUUAGGAUAUCAUUGAAAAAAGUCUUGUAGGGGAGGGCACCACAGAGUUCAUAAUCACUGGUCGCUAAUGAUAGUUUGGAGAAAAUAAAAGCUGUUAGAAUAAUGCAUAACUGAUGAGUCUCAAUGGAAACCUGGAUUAUUUGGUAACUAUUAAAAAGACAAAUAAUAAUAUUGAUAAUGCUCUGUGUUUCUUCACCAGAGUUAGCAUUCAGAGCAUCUUACUUGGAGUUGUUUCUUGGCUGCUUCUCUGUAUGGCUCAUUGAUAUGCACCAAUUGUUAAAACAGAUUCAAUUUAAAAUAAAUAUUUUGUACAGCAUAA